AUGAAGCCUAGCACCUCAUCGACAUUGGUCAAUGCCCUCAGGGGACUGCAAAUAUGUAGUCCGUCACCAUUGCGACAAAUCCAGUUGCCCUUGCUCCGCCAAUCGGGAGUCCUGUCCACAGCCUGGGCGCAACAACCCAAGUCCUUUUCGACAACCGCACCAGUUUUCGGAACAUGGCUCGAGCCCGAUAUCAACCGAAAGAAGAAGAUGGCGAAGGGACGCGCCCGCGUGGCUACAGGGGGUUCAACAAAGGGCACUACUGUCAUUUGGGGCGACUUUGGCCUACGCAUGACGGACAAGCAACGUCGCAUCAGCGCAAAGUCACUGAAGGUGGCAGAGGAUACCAUCAAAACGCGACUCCGAGGACAAAAGUACCGAAUCUACAAGCGGAAAUGCUGCAACGUUGGUGUCUAUGUCAGCGGUAACGAGAUGAGAAUGGGUAAGGGAAAGGGUUCUUUUGAUCACUGGGCGACGAGAAUGGCAGUCAGCCAGAUCCUGUUUGAGGUCCGCGGCCGCAUCCACGAGCAGGUUGUCCGUGAUGCCUUCCGACUAGCCGGUAAUAAGCUGCCCGGGCAAUGGGAGUUUGUUAAGAAGGGCGAGGCGCCGGUUGUCGGUCUCACUAAGCUCGACGGUGUUACACUCGAGGAGCUCAAGCGUCCCAGGCGCCAAAUUCCACCAGCGCGGAUCCUCGAAGAGGUUGGAACUGCUCCCUCCAUUGCAGAGGCAGGCAGCGGUGGUCAACCCCCUGCUUCCUCAUAA